UUGUUGCCGGGCAGAUUCUCCUCAGGGGAUGGUGGAUACACACAGUUAUGGAACAACCAUGGCACAUGCUCUUCUGAUCCCAUUCAACAUGACUCCUCGCUUGUCCGAAGGACCGGCAGACACGGCCAGGAAGAUAAGUAUUGGAAUAAGUCUGGGAAGAUAAGUAUUGUUCCUCAGGGGGCAUGCUCUCAUAGGCAGCCUGUGCUCAGCCGGCAAGCUUAGUCACCAGCACAGGGACCCACUCAUCCGGCUCAUCCCGCACUGUCGCUCAAAUAUCUCAAGGUCAUGAUAUGGAAUCAGUACGAAAGAUAUUCAACGCAGCGAUGCCGUCCCAGUCAUAUUCCAUCUAUCGUGGGGUAGAGGAGGAGGAUGAGGCCGAGCUCCAUAUUGACGAGACCCCACAUGUGGUUCAGAGGACAAAUCCAAAGGGCUCCGGGUGCCCGAUAUCUCCUCAAUACCAGAAAUUCAUCUUCAUCAUCUGUGUGGCCAUGAUUGUCGCCUUUAUCCUGGGAUUUGUAGUCACUCGUCACCCGUGUACAUCAUGUGACCCUAUUGGUGACUAUGCACCAGAUGAGCCUUUUGAUCAGGAUGAACCUAUAAGAAUGGACUGGGCCGAACUGAAGGAUCUGUUCACCAAGUACCUGAGUGAUGGACAAGAGAUCACUGAGAAGAUACGGAAGUUCUCGGCAUCCUCUCACCCUUUGGGGUCCAAGCAGAACGAUGACUUGGCCUCCAUCAUUCUUCAGACCUUUAAGGAAUAUAACCUGGACCAGACCUUUGUGGAGAGUCACUUUGUGGAGCUGCCAUUUCCCAACAGAUCUCAGCGCAAUAACCUCAACAUUGUGGACAGCAGCAACACGAGCGUGAAACAGAUCCCUAUAGAAGAUGAGGACGUGUACUGUCCAUACAGCGCCAUCCGGAGGGUGAAGGGGGGCCUUGUUUACGUGAAUUAUGGGCGACAGGAAGAUUUCAAGGACCUGACAGCCUGGAAGAUCAAUGUGUCGGGGGCCCUGGUCAUCCUGCGCGCGGGGAAGAUAAGCUUUGCGGAAAAGGUCUAUAAUGCUCAGGGGGCCGGGGCCAUCGGGGUCCUAAUAUUUCCAGAAUAUGGAGAGAAACCUGUAUACGGACAUGUUCACUUUGGCACUGGAGACCCCAAUACUCCGGGGUUCCCGUCCUUCAAUCACACUCAGUUUCCGUCCUUCCGAUCCUCGGGGCUCCCGGACAUCCCGGCUCAGCCCAUCAGCCUGACCGCUGCAAAGACCCUGCUACAGAGGCUGGCGGGGCCCUUCGCCUCUGAAUCCUGGAGGGCCGCAGACUUCCCCUCUCAUGGGUUGGGCCCAGCAUUGUCCGAUCGGGAUCACCAGGUUCAGUUGGAGGUGACCAAUAUCCGUCAGAGCAAAGAGCUGCACAACGUGUUUGGCACCAUCACUGGUCGUGUUGAGCCUGAACACUACAUUGUAGUAGGAGCCCAACGGGAUUCCUGGGGCCCCGGUGCUGCAAAAUCUGGAGUGGGCACCGCCACCCUACUAGAGUUGGCCCGUACUAUGUCCAUGAUGGUGCACAACGGUUUCCAGCCCCGCCGCACCAUCAUAUUUGUCAGCUGGGAUGGAGGAGACUUUGGUAGUAUUGGAGCUACGGAGUGGUUGGAGGGGUACCUCAGCAUGCUGCACCUCAAAGCGGCUACCUAUAUGAGCCUGGACACCCCAGUUCUAGGUGAUGACAACUUUAUUGCAAAAGCCAGUCCACUUUUCAACAACCUGAUAGACACCAUAAUAAAGCAGGUGGACCAUCCUCUGCAGAGUAAACAAUCCAUCUACGAUUAUAUGAAGGUCAAAAGUACUAACUGGAGAUCAGAAGUCAUGGCUCCUCUCAGGAAGGACAGCAGUGCCUUUGCUUUCACUGCAUUUGCCGGGGUUCCUGCACUGGAGUUUUCUUUUGUGGAGAACUUGAAGCCGUAUAAGUUCCUGGACACGAAAGACGAUACAUAUCAGAAUCUGAACUCCAUCAUGAACAAUCGUCUUCCAUCGGUCGCUCUCAGUGUGGCCCAGGUUGCCGGACUCGCUCUGAUCAAGCUUUCCCAUGACCACAUUCUUCCCCUGGAUUACACCGCAUACAAUGAGGUCCUGCUCAAACACUUGGUGAAUUUACAGACUUAUCAGGACAAGCUGAAGACCCGGGGUCUCACUUUUGAGUGGCUGUAUUCUGCUCGGGGGGAUUACAAUCGAGCGACACAAAGACUGAGAAAAGCCAUUACCCAUUCUGAUCUCCACAAUGAGAAGGUCAUCCAGUUCUUCAAUGUGCGCAUCAUGAGGGUGGAGUUCUAUUUCCUUUCUCAGUAUGUAUCCGCCAUUGACUUUCCGUAUCGGCACAUCCUCCUGGGUCGGGGGGAGCAUACCCUGGAGGCCCUGAUGGAACAUCUCACUGAGGAUCAGGAGGACAUCGAUGACAGUCGACUACGGAAGCAAAUCGCUCUCUUCACGUGGACCUUGGAGGGAGCUGCCAAUGCCUUGAGUGGGGAAGUCUGGGAGGUUCAAAGAAGUUUCUAGUACCCAGAAAUGUGGAAACCUUCUUCACGCUUGGAAAUGUCUAAAUAUAUUAAUCAGUGGCCGGAAUCACCAUAAAUGUGUAAAACGUUCUCGCUCCAGCUAUAGCAGGUGCCAGGAAUGAUGAAGUAAUUCCUAUCAGCGACAGGGCUCGCUAUAACUGUUACCACUUCAUUGUCUGGUGCCAUCUACAGGGGAAUUCUAUAUUACAUAUAUCUCCUCCAUGAGUCCUUGUCUCCAGAGUGCCCCCUUAAGUGCUGCUCCGAACUUUACAACAUUGAGUUUACAACCUUUUGGCAUAGACUGCCAAGCUGCUUUACUGCUGGAGUCUAAUGUGAUGGACCUCUCCAAGAGUCUAACGUGAUGGAUCUCUCCAAGAGUCUAACGUGAUGGAUCUCUCCAAGAGUCUAAUGUGAUGGAUCUCUCUGAGAGUCUAACGUAAUCAAUCUCUCCAAGAGUCUAACGUAAUGGAUCUCUCUAAAAUCUAAUGUGAUGGAUCUCUCCAAGAGUCUAAUGUGAUGGAUCUCUCCGAGAGUCUAACGUAAUCAAUCUCUCCAAGAGUCUAACGUAAUGGAUCUCUCUAAAAUCUAAUGUGAUGGAUCUCUCCAAGAGUCUAACAUGGUGGAUCUCUCCAAGAGUCUGAUGUGAUGGAUGUUUUCAAGAGUCCAACGUGAUGGAUCUCUCUAAAGUCUAAUGUGAUGGAUCUCUCUAAAGUCUAACGUGAUGGAUCUCUCCAAGAGUCUAAUGUGAUGGAUCUCUCCGAGAGUCUAACGUAAUCAAUAUCUCCAAGAGUCUAACGUAAUGGAUCUCUCUAAAGUCUAACGUGAUGGAUCUCUCCAAGAGUCUAAUGUGAUGGAUCUCUCCGAGAGUCUAACGUUAUCAAUAUCUCCAAGAGUCUAACGUGAUGGAUCUCUCUAAAAUAUAAUGUGAUGUACCUCUCCAAGAGUCUAACGUGAUGGAUCUCUCCAAGAGUCUGAUGUGAUGGAUGUUUUCAAGAGUCCAACGUGAUGGAUCUCUCUAAAGUCUAAUGUGAUGGAUCUCUCUAAAGUCUAACGUGAUGGAUCUCUCCAAGAGUCUAAUGUGAUGGAUCUCUCCGAGAGUCUAACGUAAUCAAUAUCUCCAAGAGUCUAACGUAAUGGAUCUCUCUAAAAUCUAACGUGAUGGAUCUCUCCAAGAGUCUAACAUGGUGAAUCUCUUCGAACAGCAUCUAUAAGGUUCUGAGUUUUGGACCAUCUCAAGGACUUGGACUCCCCAAUGGACAUGGACAUCCACCAAUGUUCCUUCUUGACGUGUCUGCACGUCAUGUGAGUAGGAGGAGGAGACAUUUCCCUUGUUGCUUCUGCCAUUGCUUUGUUUGGCUGCCGCUCUGGUCUUGCUUGUCGCUGUUGCCGAUUUUUAUGCCGACCAACCAGUCGGGAUCACGGUUUAUCACUGACAGUGCUCAGUAGAACUGUACUUUGUUGUGUGGCUGAUGUUUUCCCAUUGUUGCUAUGUCAUCUUGUGUUUUUUUCCAAUAAAAGUCGAGUUGCUUUGUUAAAAAAA